CUGCCAUAUGUCCAUCUGGACACACACACACACACACACACACACUUAGAGCAGGUGGAUUAUCUCAGUGUUGCUUAACACAUGGCUGAGUUGCAGCAUGCUUUGACAGACGAGGGCUGUGGAGGAACAUUUGAAAACAAACACAAUGAAGGGGGUUCCGGCACUCACUAUUUGGCAGAAAUUGAAAUUAUUCUACGAAGGGGUCUUAAGAAAUGGAGACAAGAGGACAGACAGUUGGCUGCUGGUCUACUCGCCUGUGCCAAUCAGCUUCAUCUUCCUGUGGUACCUGGUCAUCAUAUGGGUGGGGCCAAAGCUGAUGGAGAAGAGGCAGCCAGUCAACCUUAAGCCUGUCCUAAUAGUUUACAACUUUGCCAUGGUCUGCCUGUCGGCGUACAUGUUCUAUGAGUUUACAGCCUCUGCCUGGUUGGCCAGAUACAGUCUGCUGUGCCAGCCGGUCGACUACAGUGACAGCCCACUGGCCACAAGGAUGGCCAGCGUGUGCUGGUGGUUCUACUUCUCCAAAGUGAUAGAGCUCAGUGACACAAUAUUUUUCAUCCUGAGGAAGAAGAACAGUCAGCUGACCUUCCUCCACAUCUACCAUCACGCCACCAUGAUCUUCAACUGGUGGGCUGGGGUGAAAUUUGUGGCUGGUGGCCAGUCUUUCCUGAUCGGCCUGAUCAACUCCCUGGUCCAUGUGGUGAUGUACCUGUACUACGGCCUGGCAGCUUUGGGCCCGAGCGUGUCCAAAUACCUGUGGUGGAAGCGCUACCUCACCUCCCUGCAGCUGCUCCAGUUUUUUAUCGUUACCUUCCACACCACCUACAACCUGUUUGUCGACUGUGACUUCCCUGACUCCAUGAACAUGGCUGUGCUUGCCUACUCUCUCAGUCUCAUCGCUCUCUUCAGUAACUUCUACUACCACACUUACCUCGCCGAGAAGAAGACCAAGACGGCAUAGGGUGUGAGAAAGAGGGGACUGUAUGACAGAGAAGAGGUCAAAUAAAUUGAAAACAGAGUGUACAGAAAAAGAAAGAGGAGCGCUGAAAUAGCUUGUUUGAUAUAGAAAGCAUUCAUUCAAUGUCUUUUUGCAUAGAUCAAAUAGCCACAAUAUAAAACCUCUAUUUCUUGUGUCAUUGUA